AUUUCAAAUAUUUAUGCACUUCCGCCAUGAAUUGAACUCGGACUGUCAACAGACUACCCAAAACAAAGCGCAAAAAUGGCCGGAAAUGUCGGUAUGGAGCAGCUUAUUCCUAUUGUGAAUAAGCUGCAAGAUGCCUUCGCAUCCUUAGGCCUUCCACUUUCCUUGGAUCUACCCCAAAUUGCCGUAGUCGGUAGCCAGAGUGCGGGGAAAAGUUCAGUGUUAGAAAAUUUUGUGGGCAGAGAUUUUCUUCCCCGAGGGUCUGGCAUAGUGACUAGGCGGCCUCUGGUUUUACAACUCAUCAACAGUAACACAGAGUAUGCAGAAUUUCUCCACAAGAAAGGAACUGUGUUCACAGAUUUUAGUGAAGUACGGAAAGAAAUUGAGGCAGAAACUGAUAGAGUGACGGGGCACAAUAAGGGGAUCUCUAAUAUCCCUAUCAACCUCAGGGUCUAUUCCCCUCAUGUUUUGAACCUGACCCUGAUUGACCUGCCGGGUAUGACCCGUGUUGCCAUUGGUGACCAGCCACCCGACAUAGAAAUGCAGAUCAGGUCCAUGCUUCUAGAGUUUAUCACCAAGGAGAGCUGUCUGAUCCUGGCUGUCUCCCCUGCUAACACUGAUUUGGCCAACUCUGAUGCUCUAAAAAUAGCAAAAGAAGUAGACCCCCAAGGGUUACGGACCAUUGGUGUGAUAACCAAGCUAGAUUUAAUGGACAAAGGGACAGAUGCCAGGGACAUUUUAGAGAACAAGACAUUACCAUUACGGCGAGGUUAUGUUGGAGUGGUAAACAGAAGUCAACAAGACAUUGAUGGAAGGAAAGACAUCAGACAGGCUUUGGCAGGGGAACGCAAGUUCUUCCUCAGUCACCCAUCGUACAGACACAUGGCUGACAGAAUGGGCACACCGUACCUACAGAGAGUCCUUAACCAGCAGCUGACCAAUCACAUUAGAGAUGUUCUGCCAAACCUAAGGAACAAGCUACAAAGUCAGCUUCUAAGUAUGGAGAAAGAUGUUCAGGAAUUCAAAAAUUACCAACCAGACGACCCAUCUAGAAAAACUAAAGCAAUGAUGCAAAUGAUUCAACAGUUCAAUGUUGAUUUUGAUAAGAGUAUAGAAGGUUCAGGAACAGAGAUUAACACAAGAGAGCUGUCAGGAGGAGCCAAAAUUAACAGGAUAUUUCACGAACGCUUUCCUUUUGAAUUGGUUAAGAUUGAAUUUGAUGAACGUGAACUCAGGAAAGAAAUCAGUAUAGCCAUCCGUAACAUCCAUGCUAUUAGGACAGGCCUGUUUACUCCAGAUAAAGCCUUUGAGGCCAUUGUUAAAGAAUAUAUAAGGAAGCUUAAAGAGCCUUCAUUGAAAGCAAUAGAUAUGGUGGUCACAGAAUUAACAAAAGUUGUGCAUAAAUGUACAGAAAAGAUGAGCCGGUAUCCACGACUCCGGGACCAGACAGAGAGUAUAGUCAACAACAGGAUCAGGGAGCAGGAAAUGAAGGCCAAGGAACAGCUCAAGUUACACGUGGAAUUCGAGCUCGCCUACAUUAAUACCAACCACGAGGACUUCAUAGGAUUCGCCAAUGCCCAUAACAAAGCCGAAAAUAAAGAACGGAAAAAAGUUGGCAAUCAGGUGAUAAGAAAGGGCUAUUUAACUCUCCAUAAUAUCAGCUUCAUGAAGGGUGGAUCCAAGGAUUUCUGGUUUGUCCUGACGGCUGAGAGCAUCUCCUGGUUCAAGGACGAGGAGGAAAAAGAGAAGAAAUAUGUUAUGAGUCUGGACGGCCUAUUAGUUCGAGACAUACCUGACACAGGCUUUAUGAAUAAAAGAAAGUCAUUCGCAAUCUUUAACCAAGAUAACAGGAAUGUAUACAAGGAUUACAAACAGCUGGAACUAUCAGCUGAAAACCAGGAGGAAGUGGACAGCUGGAAGGCCUCUCUCCUCAGGGCGGGGGUUUACCCUGACCGGUCCCAGAACGAUGAUGAUAAAAAGAAUAAGGAGGAUGUGGGUUCCAUGGACCCACAGCUGGAACGACAGGUGGAAACCAUUAGAAACCUGGUGGAGUCCUACAUGAAAAUUGUCAACAAAAACCAGAGAGACCAUGUCCCUAAAUGCAUCAUGCACAUCAUUGUCAAUGAGAUAAAAGAAUUCAUUGGAGGGGAACUGCUGGCUCAUUUAUACUCAAGUCCCGAACAAAGUUCUAUGAUGGAGGAGUCUGCUGAGGAAGCUCAGAGGAGGGAGGAGUUACUGCGUAUGUAUCACGUGACAAAGGAGGCCCUGAGCAUUAUAGGGGACAUCUCCAUGACCACCUCCUCCACCCCUGUACCCCCACCCGUGGAUGAUGAUUGGCUGAAAGUGGACCAUACACAGCAAAAUGGUAGACCUAAUUCAAGGCCAUCCUCUCCCAAGCCAGGAAGGGCCCCUCCCCCACCACUCCCUAACCGCCCGGGCAGUGCCCCUCCCCAGAACAUGCCGGCCAGGGCAGCACCAAACAUUCCAUCCAGGCCAGCCCCAACGGCCCCUGGAUUCAGCGCAUCUAAUGCAGCGGCGGUCGCCAACAUGAUGGGAGCCAACGUCCCUCCAAUUCCAGCGAAAUAUGAUGUGAAUAUUGACCGGAAAACGGCACAAAAAGGCUGGAAUGUUGGCCAAGCGGUUGGAAGUGCAUAUAUGCGCAAUCGCCCAGGACCCGGGGGAAAUAUUCCUAAAAUUCCAGACCGACCAUCCAUCCCUUCAAGACCAAACAUGAAUUGAGAGGAGGAUCAAAGGUAGCAACAGAGGGGUGUAAUUCAUUGAGAGAAGACGAAAAAAUGAAGUACAUUUAUGCAAGGAAAUAUAGUGUAUUUCAUAUUUGAUAUUAGUGAGUUCUAAUAAAAAAAAAAGACACGGUUAAUACAAUGAAAAUAAGUGAACAUUAUAUCAUCAGCAGGCUGAUGAACUUUCAUUUCUUCCACAAAAUGAAAAUGAAAAAUUUUUGGACAAGGGAAAAAAACAGGAAUAUGUGUAAAUCAAAGUCAAAAGGGACAAAGUACAGGGAAAAUAUGGAAACCUUCUACAACUUGGGAGAUUUUUUCCUCCAGCCAAAAUUUUAUAUGGAAAUUGUCUCAAGAUGAUCUGUGAAUGUAAAUCUACAUGUAUUUAUGAUAUUGCUGAAUUUGCUGUAAUUUUUCUUUUUGGAUAUUGACUAUCUAAAUGACAAGAGUUUAAACCUAUGGAAAUUAUAGAGAAAACUUGUCUCUGCAUUCAGUGUUAGAAUGUUUGUUAUGUCCAUGCAGUACCCACAUCUUUGUGAUAUGUUGUAAGGUCGUACAUGCAUAUAUUUUAGGAAAAAAAGCUGUAAUGUCCAGUAGAUUCUGAAAUUGUAAUAAAUGUUGUAAAGUCUAUAGAAAGUGAUAGAUUUACUAAUAGUUGAAUAACAUUAAUGUAAUCAUUGAACUGCACAUAAAUUGUCUGGUAUUAAAUGCACAUAUUUUAAUGGUAGGAAAAUUAAACAGAAAUUAUGAAAUGUAUUACCGAUGACUGAACUUGAUUUUGAAUAAUGGCUAUCUGAUUUAAUAUGAACAAUUAAUGUACUGUUUGAGACCAAGCAGAAUGCUAUUUAUAAAACGGUCUGAAUUUGAAUUGCUGCAGAGGUCCAUUAGUACUGUAUUUAAAUGUGUAUAGAUCGUUGUACAGAAUCAAAGUAUGUACAUAAUACUGUACAUUGUAUAAUAUGUAGAUAGUACCUUGUUAUCAUGGUUAUGCUGUUUAUAUUAUGUUUGUACUAUGUGAUGAUUUGUGCAAUCUUGUUUUAGUUUCAGUUCUUGGAACUCUUUUACUUUACCACCUUCAUAUUAAGUUUGAAGUUUAAUAAGAAAGAGACUGUCAGCUGUACACUUGUAAAAUUUAAUGGCUUCCUUGUUCAUAUAUAUUUAUUUGAAUAGACAAACAUGUGUAAUUUAUUACAUGCCUUUUGUUCACUUUGCCAAGUUUUGGUCAUACAAUUGAAAAUAAAUGUCUAAAUGGAAAUACUUAGGAAGAGAUAUAUGUCUAUGAAUUUUGAAUUCAUUACAAAGUUAAAAUAAUUUUAAACAUAUACAUGUACAUACAGUACGUGUAUGAUACAUGUACAUGUUCUUGUAAAACAUUUUGAAAUUCAUUUGUCUCCACACGCAGUAUUUGAACAUGAUGUAUGCCUUCUUUAUAAACAUACAUGUAUAUCUGGUAAAAUAUUUUCUUUUGAAGACAUUAUGAAAAACAUCAGACAGAUAUAUCCUCUGUUAUUAAAUGAGAUUGAUUGAGCAACAUUCAAAACUAUCAUAAUUGAAUAAUGAUAAACUUGAUCACCUUUCUUUGAUAUAUUUUUACAAGUUUACAGUAGAUUUCAUAAAGUCAUUUUUGUUGCAUUUAUAGAUAAUGUUCUAAUUAGAUGAUAAAUCAUGCAUGAUCUAAAAUGACACUCUUAGCAGAAUUCAUGUCCACAUUUCUGAGUAUGCAGUGAGAAGUUUAGUGAAUGUUUGUAAUUGUGUGUUAGAACUAGACUAUGUCUGGUAGAUAACAGUGUUGUAAUAUAAAUUUAAGAUAGGGAAAUUUUUUGGAUUUGUAUUAAUUAGCCAGAGUUAAUGGACAGAGAAAUGUCAGAUUAAUCUUAUUGCCUGCUUGUCAGCAUCAGAUUGAUGUUACGUCCUGAAGAUCUUGAAAACCAUUUCUGCUUAUAGCUACAAAAAUUUAACCAACUUAGAGGUUCGUUUGAGGGAAAUCAGUCAUGUCAUUUAAGUUCAUGUAUUAUAAAACAUAAUAAAUUAAAGUGAUAACAUAUGAAA